AUGUCUGAAUCACCGAGUAUUACGCCCAGGAUGUCUCAGGGCGCGUAUGGAACUCCAGAAGAUACGAGUAAUGGCGGUCAUAGCGCGGUCGUGUCGGUGUCUGACCUAGACGUAAGGCGAUGCCUUAUGCAAUUUAUUCUGCAAUGCAAUGGGGUAGUUUCCGAGAGCUGGCUGCUGUCGUGCUUUCUGGCACUGGAAUACGAUGCGAAAAGGCUUUCUAGAGGUGAUGUGGAGUCGCUAGAGCCGUGGAGACAGAAAUUGGGCGAACACAUUCGUGCGUUGAACGUGCAGUUGCGGCUGAUGAAUUACAAGAUAGCGAUAAUCAACCAUCCGAUGGGGAGGCGGUAUGUGGGGCGGAACUUCCAGAAUCCCGUACAAGACCUGGUGGAUACCAAUUGGACGGAAAGCGGGAAGUUAUAUGUGUAUGUGAAUCUGAAGUAUGACGGGCAACUGACGCUUGCUACGUUGUUUUCUGCCAAGGAGAUCGCGUUUGUGAAAUGGGCCAUCGAGAUGAUGUUUACCAGCGGGAGUUACGCGCAGCCGUUCGAGAGGGGAGACUAUGGCGAUGGCAAUGGCAACGGCAACGGCGACGAGGAUGCAGUGGUGAAUGAGGUGGACCAGGUGUUGCGGGAGAAAUACGGCGAUAUGGAGUAUAAAGGACUCGCUACGUUCGUGUCUUACAGGAUCGGGUCCGGAGCCCUGAUGCACACAGAACAGAUUCCGCCAUCGCGAAUCGAACAGAUACUAGCAGAGCUUUACGAGAAGAAAUGGGUGAACCGGUACCCAGACGGGAAAAUUGGGCUUGCGGUCAGGUUCAUGGUCGAGAUGAAGGAUUACCUGGUCGAGAACUUCGACAUCCCGCUCUGCAUUACGUGCAAGGAAGUGGUGCUACAAGGAGUCAUAUGUCUAAACUGCAGGGAGGAAUUUAACCACGGCUGGCAUGUGGGGUGUCUGGCCCACCACGUCCAACACGUCAACGAAAAAUGCCCCUCCUGCAACACAAGCUUGCAAGAGUCAUGCGCAUACGUCCUCGGAUAG